CACAGGCUAGACACUUGCAUCUGCCGAAGAUUGAUCAGUAGCUACUCAAACCAAUCUAGCCUCGCUCGAACACGAGCAUCUCCCCUUGGCAGCUAGGCAUCUAACAACCCAGUGGCAGCAAUGAAGCAAAAGAUUGUCAUCCAGUUGAGCAUGUCGUGCGACAAAAGCCGGUCGAAAGCACUGACGCUGGCCGCCAAAGCAGCCGGGGUGACGUCCAUGGGGAUAACCGGCGACGCCAGGGACCAGCUGGAGGUGGUCGGCGAUGGCGUCGACCCGGUGUGCCUUGUCAGCUGCCUCCGCAAGAAGCUCGGCCACGCCCAAAUCAUCAAGGUGGAGGAGGUGAAGAAGCCGGAGGAAAAGAAGAAGGAUGAGCCGAAGCCGGCCGUACCCGAGCCCGUGCACCCGCCGCCCUACUUCUUCUACCCGCCCAGCUGCUCCCACUACCCCCACCAGUACCCGCUGUACUUCUGACCGUGUAACUGCCAGAGAGGGAUUUUGACGUACUUUAAUUUUGUCAGCGACCACAAAUACCUACAUGCGCGCGUGUUUAUUAAUUCAUUGAAUGAAAUGAAAAAACCGAGAGAAACUUUAUCUA